AUGACCUCACUUCUCGGUGGUGGUAAUAUUGUACAUAUCGCAAAUCAGUUGAGCAGUAUGGCAAAUAAACGGGAAGGCGAGAACGGCUUCGACACAUCGGCGUCGCCAUCGUACGAGCAGACGGCGAGCGUUGGCGACGAGAAGGCGAUGAGCAGCUCGCCGACACGAUCGCUCACGUUGGAUUUGUUCAAGGACAACGGAUUGUUCGCUUGCCUCCAGAACGCCGAGAUCGCCAAUUCGGACACGGCGAGCUCCGAGUCGCCGGAGCCGUCGUCGACGACCGACGCCGACGACGGCGGCGUCGACAAGGACGAGACGAGCAAAUUGUUCGAGGCGAUUCAGGAGAUGCAACGACGGCAGCACAUCGCGUUGAUGAACUCGUUGGGCCAGCCGAUGAAGUCGGACCAUCAUCAUCAGCAACAGCAGCAGAAGGCGAUGAAGCACGAGGAGAAUGAGCAUCGCGAGGAGACGCCCGAGACCCAAUCGAGUGCACCCGAGCCGACAAUGAGAGAUUUGAUGCCGGUGUUGGCGGCGAGCAACGCGGCGAGCAAUUCGGCGUCGCCGUCGGCGUGGGCGCGAAACGCCGGCCGCAAAAAAUCGCAUCCCGUCUGGGAGUUCUUUCGCGAUCUCAAAGAUACGAACGGCGUCGGCGGCGUGAUGUGCCUUCAUUGCGCGUGGAACGGCGACGAUCGAAGCCCGAACAAUCUGCGAACGCAUCUCAAGAAGUUCCACACCGACGACGGGAUAUUCGCCAAGUUCAGUUUGAAACUCGCACAGGUGAGAUCAAUGACGCGAAUCAAGCAGCAGCCGACGAUUGUCAAAGUCGAGGAGCCCGACGAGUUCGACAUGAGCCUAACGACACCGAAAACCGAAGCCGACGAUGAUAAUAGUUGUAGCGGCGAGCUCGACGCAAGUCAAAUAAUGGCGUUGCUCGAGAAGUCGAUGCCGGAGACGUUCAGCGCGCGAAAACCGCGCCAACGCGAAAUCUCGCCGCUAACGCCGGCCAAAGCCAACGAGAUCCUCAUGGCGGCCGGCAUUCGGCCGCACAAGAAGACGUCGGAAAUUUGGGAGCACUACAAAUGUCUAAGCGAGAAGCAGAACGUCGAAUGCAUGUACUGUUGGAAGGUGUUGAAGCGCAACGACAGCAGUACGAAAAGCAUGUGGGGACACAUGAACGCCUACCAUCAAGAUAUUCUACGCGACGGGGUCACGAAAAAGCGAAUCAAGCGCGCAGCGGUCGCCGCCGCCGCGCAAAUUGGCGAUGAGAAAAAUGAUGAGACACCCACACAACCCUAUGUGAAGCGGGUUCGCGCUGGCGCCGGCAACACGCCAAGCAUGCCGUCAAUGAUGAUGAUGGACCAGAAGAUGCCGCAAAUGUUGGAUUCGAUGACGUUCGCCCUUCACCAACUCCAACAAUCGGGCAAUUUGAACGAUUUCAACACGUCGCUCAAUUUUCUCGACUCGCUGCCAAAAUCGUCGGAGAUCAUCAAUAUUGGAAACGGGUUCGCCAAAGAGGAGUCGAUGAUGGACGAGCACGAGAAUCACGCGGAUGGCGGUGGCGCCACAGCCACAGCCGCCGCUUCAUCGUCGUCGUCAUCGGACGAGCCGACGCGAAACGCCGAAUCGCCGGAACGCGGCGCGCCGCAUUCGCCGAACGCAAAUCAGAAUGGCGCGACGGAGGCGACGAGCGGCGCCGCCGCCGCCGGCGACAGCAUGUCGACGAACAAUCAACUAGCGGCACUUGUCAAUUUGGCGUCGUCGAAUCCGAUGAUGCUAGCAAUGUUGAACGCCGCCAACAGCUCAUCGACACCGCGAGAAACCGCGUCGGCGUCGCCGCAACCGCCGCUGACAUCGAAAGACAUGGCCGGUUGUCUCGACAAAAACGAUCCGUCGUCGUUCUCGCUGAGCGAAGGCCAUUGUGCCGCCGUGCUAAUGUCGAUGGCGUUGGAUUUGGACAUGACGAUGUCGUAUCAUCGCCGUCGCGUCGACAUCGAAUUGUGUUUCGAGAGCAAUCGGACCGCCGAGAAGUCGGGCGGACGCGGAAAAGUGAUAUGUCUGACCGAUCUCGGCAAAGAAAUCAAAAUCGUCGAGCGCGUCAACGGCGCGGUGACCGAUUCGGAAUUGUGGACGAAAACCGACUUCAAUCAAUUCCAUUGGGCGAUUCGCGGAAAAUGCCAAAAGUGCUUCAAUAAGGCCUAA